ACGUCAUCAUAUUUGCAAGGUUGGCUGUGAUUUCUAAGGGAAAGAGACGGCUAUGGCGGAGUAGAGUGAGAUAGAGCGAGACGGGGAGAGUCACCUGUGUGUCUUCUUCUUGAAUUCAUUUGUUUUUCACGGCACUUUCUAGUGUGAAUGACUGUCAAGUUUUUGGCUUUUGCAAAGCAGGAGACUUUUCCGCCGUAUUGUGGAGUCGAGUUGCGCCGCUAAGAAAGUUGAAGCUUCACGGAAAUGAGUACAAAGUCCUCUAAGAGUGCCCCAGAGGGCAAAAAGUCGAAGGAAGUAUCGGCGAUUGCGAAACUGUACCUGAUUCUCUACAAUGCUGGCCAGGUUCUGGGGUGGAGUUACAUGCUGUAUCAGCUCGUGGCGUAUUACACAAUCGACAGUGGGUCCGGGAAGAGUCUCUGGGACUACUUGGCGCUGACUGUGAUCGUGUUUCAGAAUGCAGCAGUCCUGGAGAUUAUACACGCCGCAAUCGGAAUUGUGCCCAGCAACGUCAUCAUCACCACCUUUCAAGUUCUCUCACGCGUGAUGGUUGUCUGUGGCGUGGUGAUGGCCACUCCCUCCGGGAAGGAGUCUCCGGGUCUGCCUCUCGCCCUGCUCGCCUGGUCAGUCACUGAGAUCAUCCGCUACGGCUACUACGCUCUCAAUCUUGUGAACAAUGUCCCGAAGCUGGUGACCUGGCUUCGCUACACAACCUUCAUCGCUCUCUAUCCCAUCGGCGUGACGGGAGAGCUGCUGUGCUUCUUCUGGGCGCAGGACUACGCCAAGAAGCAUGGCGUGUGGUCAGUGGAGAUGCCGAACGCCUUCAAUGGCACCUUCUCUUACUACUACUUCCUCUGGUUCGUGAUGCUCCUCUACAUUCCGCUCUUCCCGCAAAUGUACCUGCACAUGUUCGUCCAGCGAAAGAAGAUCCUGGGCGGCGGCGCCGACAAGAGCAAGAAACACUGAACCCAGGAAGAGGAGAGGUUCUGCGAGUCAUUUGGUGAUGGAACUCCAAUUUCCCAGCGUGUUUUCUCUUUUGUAAUCUUUGUAAUUAAAGGUAGGAGUAAAAGUGAAAA